GGCCUCUUCAACAAACAGUCCACUCCGUUCUCUUUUCCCUUUCUCUAAGAAACAAGACCUUCCACCCAUCUCCUUCCAACAUGGCAACCAUGGCGAUGGCAAUAUUCGCCCUUUUCUUCCUCUUCUUUGCUUCGCUAUCAGCCUCUGAUAUGUCCAUCAUCGGCUACAACAACCACCACGACCAACCAGCCUGGCGGAGCGACGCCGAGGUCAUGGGCAUCUACAACUCGUGGCUCGCCAAGCACGGGAAAGCCUACAACGACCUGGGAGAGCACGAGCGGAGGUUCGAGAUCUUCAAGGAUAACCUGAGGUUCAUCGACGAGCACAACACCCAAAAGCGCACAUACAAGCUUGGGUUGACCAGAUUUGCGGAUUUGAGCAACGAGGAGUACCGCGCCAUGUUCUUGGGCACCAGGACUGACCCUAAGCGAAGGGUUAUGAAGUCCAAGAACCCCAGCCAGCGGUACGCUUUCAGGGCCGGCGAGAAGUUGCCGUUGUCCGUCGAUUGGAGGGCCGCAGGCGCUGUUAAUCCGAUCAAGAAUCAAGGAAGUUGUGGAAGUUGCUGGGCGUUCUCAACUGUGGCGGCAGUGGAAGGCAUAAACAAAAUAGUGAGCGGCGAGCUAAUCUCUCUAUCGGAACAAGAACUUGUGGACUGUGACAGAGACUACAACGCUGGGUGCAACGGAGGUCUCAUGGACUACGCCUUCGAGUUCAUCAUCAACAACGGAGGGAUGGACUCUGAAUCACACUACCCUUACCUAGGCGUUGACAGCAAAUGCGACCCCGUUAGGAAGAAUGCUAAGGUUGUCAGCAUUGAUAGCUACGAGGAUGUUCCGGCCUUCGAUGAGAAUGCGUUGAAAAAGGCCGUGGCACAUCAGCCUGUUAGUGUUGCUAUUGAAGCCGGUGGCAGGGCCCUGCAGCUCUACGACUCAGGUGUAUUUACCGGGGAAUGUGGGUCAGCCCUAGACCAUGGUGUGGCUGCUGUUGGGUACGGCACAGAGAAUGGGGUGGACUACUGGCUGGUGAGGAACUCAUGGGGAAGCAACUGGGGGGAGAGUGGAUACAUCAAGAUAGAGCGCAAUGUGGUUGACGCAUAUACCGGCAAGUGUGGAAUUGCAAUGGAGGCGUCUUACCCCGUCAAGAAUAGCCAGAACCCAAGCAAGCCUUACUGGGCUUAUGAAAGCGCGGUGGAGAUGGUCAUCAGUGCUUGAAAACGUCUCUCCAUGGAUGUUAUGGGCCGCUGAAGAGGAAGGAAGUGGCCUAAAUCUACCCAAGGAUGACUGGGCUGUUGUUGUUUGCUUAUUUGGAUAAAGAUGAUUGUUGUAAAUAGCCAAAUGAAAUUGCACCUCAAGAAUUGAUGAUGGGGGCAUGCAACUCAAUCAUUUGCUUAAAUUCGCAAUGUUAUUCUGAAAAUCACCAUGGAUUUGAAUCAAAUAGAUCUGUCAACUCAUUGUCAUUUCCCUAA